UGAAUUGUAUUGCUUACUUGCACAAUGUCAUGAUCUAAAAUCCGUGAAGAAAGUGAAAGUUUUAAAAUUGUCGUCAUUGAAUGCAUACCUUUUCUUGAUGAAAAUUUGAAUCCCAUAGUACUACUAGUUAUCACAAUUACAAUAUAAUACUUAACGCAUUACGAUAUAUAUUAUUUACGAUAUUUUAACAAAUUGUUCGGUAUUGAGUUAAAUAAUACAUUAACAAAAGUAAAAUCCAUUAAUAAUAUAAUAUACUUACAUAAUAUUAUUUCCGUGGUGUUCAUAUAAUUUACCAUGUUUUUAGGAAUCUCUAGUUUGCAAAAAGGAGCUGUAUUUUUCCGAAAUAUAUCAAAAAUGAGUGCAAUGUCUCAAUAUCAUACACUUAAAAUUGAAAAUCCUAAAGAAUUUGUUUAUAAUGUCCAAAUAAAUAGACCAGAAAAAGCUAAUGCAAUGAAUAAUGCAAUGUGGUUCGAAAUAGGAAAAUGUUUCAAUGAACUAAACGAGAAUACAGAUUGCAGAGUAAUUGUUCUUUCAGCUAAUGGAAAAUAUUUCACUUCAGGAAUUGAUUUAUUUGACCUAAUGAAUCUUGGCCAAGAGGUUGCAAGUCAUGAUGAUAUUGCAAGAAAAUCAAAAGUCUUACGAGUUUUUAUUAAGAAAUAUCAAGAUUGUCUCACUGCAAUUGAAAAAUGCGAUAAACCUGUGUUGACUGCUAUUCAUAAUGGAUGUAUUGGUGGAGGAGUUGAUCUAGUUUCAGCUGCAGAUGUACGAUAUUGCACAGAAGAUGCUUGGUUUCAACUUAAAGAAACCGAAAUAGGAAUGGCAGCAGAUGUUGGUACACUGCAAAGGAUGCAAAAAAUUAUUGGAAGUAUGAGUACAUUCAAUGAAUUAGCAUUUACUGCUCGUAAAUUUUCCUCUAAAGAAGCCAAAAGUAUUGGUUUUGUGACUCAAGUAUAUGAAACUAAAGAAAGCAUGUUAGAAAGCGUUAUGAACAUUGCUACAGACAUAGCCAGCAAAAGUCCUGUAGGAGUCCAAAUGACUAAAAGAAGCAUUAUAUAUUCACGAGAUCAUACUGUUCAAGAAGGAUUAGAUCAUAUUGCGGACUGGAAUCAAACAUUACUUCAAAGUGAAGAUUUCAUUAAAGCGUCAAUGGCUGUUGCUACAAAGGAUAAAAAACCAAUAUUUUCAAAACUAUAAUUAAGUAUUUUAGUAAACUUAAUUUUAAAUGUAAUUUUGGACAUGAAUCAAUUGCUCUCUCAAAAUUGAAUCUUUACAUUUUAUUCUAAAUUAAAUACAACCAAUAGUUAAGUAUUGUUACAAAAUGAAGAUUUCAUUAAAGCAUCAAUGGCUGUUUCUACAAAGGAUAAAAAAACUAUAAUUAAGUAUUUUAAUAAACUUAAUUUUGGACAUAAAUCAA